UAUUAUUAUUGUUGUUGAAGUCAUAGACAUGUAGGUUCGGGAGCUAGACCGACUGCUCCAAGAGCACUAGAAAUAACGUUAUGUGGUGUUUCCACUGUAAAAAUCCUUUUUGAAUUUACCAUUUUGAUACGUUCAAUUUGAAAUCCCAUUUUCACUUCCCACUUCUACUGUUUUGUGAAAAAAAGGAAGGGACGUGUAUAAUUUACUUUUUAUAUCAGCAUAAGGUCCCCUGAGGUGAAAUUGUUAAAUUAAGUCAAACCCAUAAAUAAUUACACUAUUAAUUAGCUAAGAAUCCAAUUUUCAGGAAAGAUACGUUGCUGGGUACAUCUAAAAACUGUGAAAAAUAACAUGGGACGACAACAUUUUGCUGAUAUGAAACAUAAGAUCCAAGAAACCUUAUUAUAUUCAAAACAAAAUAUAGCCGUUAGACACAAGAUCCUCCAACGGCUAUCUUUCUAGCUCCUUAAUUUCCCCUCCUUCAAUCUUCCUCUUUAUAUCCUAUAGAUUGUCCAUUCCCAUUUUCAAUCACUGCAAAUUCUCUUCCAUAUCAUAUCAUUUUCUUGCUUUCUUUUUUGUUGCAAAUCUCUCAAAAACAUUCAAGAUGAAUGAUCUGAUGACAAAAUCUUUCACAAGCUAUGUUGAUCUAAAGAAAGCAGCCAUGAAAGACGUCGAAGCUGGACCCGAUUUAGAAAUGGGGAUAACCAAAAUGGAUCAAAACCUCACUGCUUUCCUAGAAGAAGCUGAAAAGGUGAAGCUAGAAAUGAACUCAAUCAAAGACAUUCUUCGUCGUUUACAAGAUACCAACGAAGAAAGCAAGUCCUUACACAAACCUGAAGCUCUAAAAUCAAUGCGAAAUCGCAUAAACUCAGAUAUUCUAGCUGUGUUGAAGAAGGCAAGAGCUAUUAGGUCUCAGUUAGAAGAAAUGGACAGGUCUAAUGCUACAAACCGGCGUCUUUCUGGUUGUAAAGAAGGGACACCAGUUGAUAGGACAAGAUCAGCUGUGACUAAUGGGCUUAGGAAAAAGCUUAAGGAAUUAAUGAUGGAUUUUCAGGGAUUAAGGCAAAGGAUGAUGACUGAGUAUAAAGAGACUGUUGGGAGAAGAUAUUUUACUGUUACUGGUGAACAACCUGAUGAAGAAGUUAUUGACAAGAUUAUUUCUAGUGGUAAUGGUCAAGGUGGUGAAGAAUUUAUGUCUAGAGCUAUUCAGGAGCAUGGGAGGGGGAAGGUGUUGGAAACAGUGGUCGAGAUACAGGACCGUCACGAUGCAGCGAAGGAGAUAGAAAGGAGCUUGCUUGAGCUGCACCAGAUAUUCUUGGAUAUGGCUGUCAUGGUUGAGGCACAAGGUGAGAAAAUGGAUGACAUUGAACACCAUGUUGUGAAUGCUGCCCAUUAUGUUAAUGAUGGAGCCAAGAACCUCAAGACUGCAAAAAAAUACCAGAAGAGCAGCAGGAAAUGCAUGAUCAUUGCUAUCAUACUUCUCCUGAUUCUCAUCCUGGUAGUCGUCAUUCCCAUUGCCACCAGCUUCAGUCAUUCUUGAAGGCCCCAUGGAGAUACUACUGUGCUUGAUUUCAUUCUUUAUAUUCUUUUUAGAAGUUACUUUGAUCACUCUCGUGAGAGUCUGUAUGGUUAAGUAGAAGGUUGUUAUCCUGUAUGUCACUAGUCCUUGUGAUAGGACAUGAAGUGAGUAUGAACCUUAAUAGAUUUGUUGUUUUGAAAA